AGCUCUCGUGCCCAUGGAUUAUCCGGCGCUAAAAUGUCCAUUGAACUUGAACCAUCUCUUGCUGUAAAGAAGAAAGCCUUGGAGAUCUCUGUUGGAUUGAAAGGAACAUCCAUAUUUCUUGUGGGGAUCAAUUGUGCUAUGAAAACCAAUUUGGGGAAGCUUCUAGCUGAUGCAUUGAAAUAUUACUACUUUGACAGUGAUAAUUUGAUCGAACAAGCUGCUGGUGGUGAGUCUGCUGCUAAAUCCUUUCGAGAAAGAGAUAAGGAGGGCUUUUGUGACUGUGAGACUGAAGUGCUUAAGCAGUUGUCAUCUAUGGGUCGUUUGGUGGUUUGUGCAGGGGAUGGUGCUGUCCAGAGCUCAACUAAUUUGGCUUAUUUGAGACAUGGUAUUUCAAUCUGGAUAGAUGUUCCCUUAGAUUCAUUAGCAAAUGAGAUACUGAAGACUGAAGCACCAUCACCCGAGACACAGCCCAUGUCAGAUUCAAAUUCUUUUUCAGAGGUCUAUGCACAGGUACUGGGAGAGCUUUCCGAGCGCUAUAAUGAAAUGAAAGGAGGGUAUGGAACAGCUGAUGCAACCGUCUCACUCCAAAGAGUAGCCUCCCAACUAGGAUAUGAAGACUCGGAUUCUGUCUCCCCAGAGGACAUGACAAUGGAGGCUUUAAAAGAGAUCGAGAAACUGACUAGAGUGAAAAAGAUGAUGGAAGCUGCUGCUAGGCCAUUUUAACAGAUAGAUGCAUUUACAUUGUUAUACACUGUUUUUGGUCAUCUGAUGUGCCAAAGCAUUUUGAGGGCCUCCCGUCACUUUCUGGAAAACAUGUCACCAUCCAUGAAGGAGCGAUGUAAUGUUGUUUUCAUCUUCACUGUAUAAGCACGUCAUUGUUGCAUAAACUUGGGGGUCUAAUUUCAUACACUUGAAUGAUUUGCUUUCAAACAUGGUGCUAAUACAAUUUGUUUUUAUAUUA